CCGCUGGAGACGUAGCGUUGCUUAGCGGCGCCGGCGCCGCGUGAUGACGUUGCGGGGGGGGAGGUCGGUGAAGGGUGGGAGCCAAGGCGGCGCGUGGCAGCUGCUUGGGACCGGCGGCCUCCUGCGAGCCCGGGCUUUAGUCACGUUACCUACAAAGAGAAGAACGUGUAUGGUGCAGAGCUGUGGUGUAACAAUUGGAUCCCUUACCUUGAAGAACUUUAUGGAAUAGUUUCAUGCAGCGAUUAAAUCCAGUAUUCCAGGCAAAGCCCUCGUUGAACUAGUUCUUUGGACUUCUGUGGUUCUACCUAAGAGUGGGAUGGCAGCAGUAAGCAGGACUCUGGGUUUGCUGCGUCAGGAUGCCAUGCACAGGUUACUCCCCAUUGCUUGCCAUCUGCAUACAUCCCUCAGCCAACAUAACUCCAACAGGACGUCCAUCGCCCGCAUUCAGAGGCAGACGUACGGCAGGACCUACCCAGUGCUCUUGGUCAGGCCUGAUGGAUCUGCUAUUCAUAUCCGCUAUAAGGAGCCAAGGCGGAUCCUUACAAUGCCUGUAGACAUCAACACUCUUUCCGAGGCUGAAAGAAGAGCGAGGUUACGGAAACGCGAUCCCAGAAGGCUUAAGAGCAAACAGGAGAAAGUGUUGGAUGAUGAGUUUAAUUUGGAUGAUUACAGAAAAUUUUGGAAGAAGAAAUGACUUUGUUCUGAGGAUCUGUGGAAGUGUAAAGGGAAGAUUUGGCAACCCGGGCCUGUGGAGAAGGAGACUAUAACUUACUGUUAUAAAGAGAAAGUUCAUAGCUGAGUACA